UUUUAAUUUCAUUUUUUAGUGCUGUCUGUCCAUACUUGGCAUUGGAGACAUGUCGACAGUGGCGUUUGAGUAACAAAACUGUAAACCUGAUGAGGAAUGGAAAGAUGCCUACUGUCUCAAUUGAGCAGGCCCAGAAUAAUUACACCAAGGCUGUAAAAGCGGGUCUUCUUAAAAUCCUUUCCAAAAUGGGGAUCUCAUUGCUUUCAAGUUACUGCGGUGCACAGAUUUUUGAAAUCUAUGGAUUAGGAAAGGAAGUUGUCGAUCUUGCAUUCAAAGGAAGUAUGUCAAAAAUUGGGGGAUUAAAUGGCACUUCUUCAUUCUGGAAAUGAAGAUAUGUAGGCAGAUAGCUAUUGAAGAUACAAAAGCUAACUUUGCUCCGUUGAAAGGCUUUACAUUCUAUAUUCUGUGAAAAGCAUGGUUUCCUCAAGAUUUAUGUUUAACGCAAUGCCAUAUACUAACAUCAUUAGGCACCCUUUUAAGAGUUACAGUGGAAAAAUAAAUAAAUUGCUCGAGUGGUUUUCAGCUUUGUCAUCGAAGUUCCUCUGCUACAUAAUUACAUAAUUUUUGUAUUGUGGCACUAUUUCUAUCCAAUAUACACUGCCUAGUUUCAUAACAAUUAGGUAAAUCCUAUGCCACAAUUAUGUGAUAUCUAUGUACUUAUGCCAUAGCUCGUGGUUGCCAUAACCGUUGGGCUUUAAAGAUGGAGAAGACAAGAACACAGAACCGAGGAGAAGAGAACAGAGUGAGCACUGUGGCCUUCAAAUUUGGGGAUUAGGGUUUUAACUUCAACUGAGGGACCAAAUUGAUGCGGGAGAGUUUACUCUGCCACAUCAGCUAGCCGGUGUAAAGCCCACGUGUCACGAAGGCUGCCAGCUCAGCUUUCCGGUUGCGUCAGGUGUCCAGAAAUUGCCGGAAGGACAACUUUGAGUCCCGGAGUGCAAGUUCGGGGAUGACUUUGAGGAACUUUUAAGUUCAGGGACUACUAUGAGGCUCGGGUGCAACUUUAAGGACUACAUUGAGACUUAUCUCUUAAAUUUGACACAAACAAUUUGCAUAUAGCAUU